AUGUUUUUACGCAAACGACCACAACCUUCACGUUCCGAUGAGGAUCAAGAGGCUUCUUCUUCAAAUACCGAUACAACAACGAACGCCAUGGCUUCUGCAGAUGACAUGAUGAUCGUGGAUAGUAAUGAUUCUGUAGAAGAAAAAGGCUCUUCUUCCGAUAGCACUAUGGCUCUUUCAGGAUCAGAAGAGAAGAAAUCAAAAUUGACUCCAGAAUUCAUCCCGAUCGAGCAUCGUGAGAAGAAGGAGAAACCUCCGAAGAGAGAUCUCGUUUCAGAAAUUCUUCCCAAUGAUUUAAAUUUUGUGGACUUUGAGGAGAGUGUUUCAUUCUCUCCACUCGUGAAAAAGCGAGUGUUGCAACAAGGUGAAGGCUUGACAGCAACGCCAGGCUCUGUUAUUCGAUUUUUUGGAUGUGCGAAAUUAUUUUACAAAAACACAGAACAAGAUGUGGAAUGGAGCUGUCUGACAGCAUCUAACAACUUGUUGCAAGAGAUUCGUUUGCGACCAAACAAAGUGUAUCCAGUACAGUUAGAUUGUCUCUAUACCAUGAAACAGAAAGAGAAGGCCAUUUUCAGUAUUGCCAAGAAUGUUGACAAGGUUUUAGACAUUACUCUAUUCCCAACAGGAGAUGGUGACCAUGUAUCUCCUGGUCAGUGUCAUGACUAUGUCUUUGUGCAAUACUAUGAAAUGACUCACCUUGAACGAAAGGAAAUUGUCAACGUGACCAAUUUUGAAGAAGGAUUGAAUGAAGCAAUCAAGAAACGAACUGCAGGAAAUUUAGAAUACAAAGAUUGUCAAUUUAAAAAGGCGUUGAAAACUUACAAAACAGCUCUCAUCUGUCUCUCCAAUGUUAAAUUGGACGAUCCUGAAAAUCAAGAACUGUGCCACAUACAAAAAAAGCUGAUUACAGAUGAGAAAGUUAAAUUAUUACUCAAUAUUGCAAGAACCAAUUCGAUCAUGAAAGAUCACAGGUCAUGUAUUGAAACAUGCCAAAACAUACUCACUGUAGAUUCCAACAAUCAUCAUGCUCAUUAUUUACUUGGAAAGUCCUAUAAUUGCCUCGACGAUUACGAAAGAGGUGUUGAGCAUAUCGAGAAGGCCAAAGUUUUAUUUGCUUCGUAUCAAUCUUCUCUGGAUUCCAACACUGUUGACAAUUUGCAACAAAAGAAAGAUGAAGAAUUUGUAAAUAACCUUUCCAUUAUUGAACGACAAUUACGGUACAAGAAGCAAAUUCAAGAACAAAAAUUCGAUCAAGAAAUGAAGCAGAAAAUGAGUCGAAUGUUCUCAGAGGAAUUAUAUCCCAAUCAAGAACCGUACGAUGAAGCAGAGGAUUGGAUGAAAAUGCAAGAGCAAGAUGAAUUAUUGAAUCGCAAGCCAUGGUUUUCGAGUGAAGGACAAAUCAUGUAUCAACGAUUAUUCAAAUAA